CCUUCUCCUAACUCUGCUGAGUGGCUUUUUGUGCGACUCUCAAGAUUCCACAACGUACUUGGGAACUGCCCUAGACCGGAAUAGGAGCCAGCCAGCCAGGCCGCUGCACGCCGACGCGCCCAGGACCCGGCCGGCGUCCCUUCGGCGAUUUAAGCACAAACUCGAUCCGCAUGCUGAACACGGGGCCCCGUUGGAGUUGGUAGCCCGCCUGCAAAGCAUACCUAGGUACCAUCCCCUGCUCCCCCAAAAGCCCACAGCAGAGCGUGGGUGGUGUGGAACUGUGGGGAUAUAGAAGCGCGGGUAACAUCUGAAAGGAAAAAGUUCACUCUGCCUCCGCGUGGUGACGGCCGGGGCGUGAGCCCAAUCUUGCACACCCCUCCCUUCGGACCUGUCGCCCGCUGUCAUGACCCUAUAGCUUGCCGCGUCCAUAUUGCUUUGCCCCCGCCGACUUAUACACCUAUAUAUUCCACACUCCCUCCUCCUCCUGCUCACCUCUUGGCCCCCUUCCUCCUUGUGUGCUCCCACCCACGACUCUGUAACCGGUCCGACAUACUGAGCAGUGUUUCGCAGCCGAGACCUCAUCCCCAGAGCUCAAGCAUCAAACGACCCAAGAUGGCUGGCGGCGGUGUUGAGCCCGUUCAGGGCACGACCGACGUCGGGAGGAUCGAGGCGCCCAUCACUGUCAAGGCGUACCUCAUCUGCGCUUUUGCCGCCUUUGGUGGUAUCUUCUUCGGCUAUGAUACCGGCUGGAUGGGUGGCGUGCUCGGCAUGCCCUACUUCAUCAGCCAAUACACCGGCCACGAGUACGACUACGCCAAGUUGCAGCCCAUCGGUGUCUCCACGGAUGAAUUUGUUAUCCCUGACGCCAUGAAGUCUCUCAUGACCUCGAUCCUGUCCGCUGGUACUUUCUUCGGUGCUCUUAUUGCUGGUGAUAUUGCCGACUUCAUUGGUCGUCGUCCCACCAUCAUUAUGGGUUGCCUUGUCUUCUCCGUCGGCUGUAUUCUCCAGAUCGCCAGCGCCGGCCAGGAGGCCUUGUUCGUCCUUGGUCGUCUGAUUGCUGGUCUUGGUGUCGGCUUUAUCUCGGCCAUCAUCAUCCUCUACAUGUCCGAGAUCGCGCCUAAGAAGGUCCGUGGUGCCAUGGUUUCGGGCUACCAGUUCUGCAUCACUAUCGGUAUCCUGCUCGCCAACUGCGUCGUCUACGCCACCAAGGACCGCAGCGACACUGGCUCUUACCGCAUCCCCGUGGGCAUCCAGUUCCUCUGGGCUAUCAUCCUGGGUGUUGGUCUCUUCCUCCUGCCCGAGUCGCCUCGUUACUUUGUCAAGAAGGGUAAGGUCGAGGACGCCGCCGCGGCCCUCGCUCGUAUCCGUGGCCAGCCUGUCGACUCGGACUACAUCCGCGAUGAGCUUGCCGAGAUUGUCGCCAACCACGAGUACGAGACCGCCCACGUCCCGCAGACCAGCUACGUUGGCUCGUGGCUCGCGUGCUUCAAGGGCAGCAUCACCAAGGGCAACUCCAACCUGCGCCGCACGCUCCUGGGCAGUGGCAUGCAGAUGAUGCAGCAGCUCACGGGUAUCAACUUCAUCUUCUACUUCGGAACCCCCUUCUUCCAGCAACUCGGCACCAUUAAGGAACCCUUCCUGAUGUCGCUCGUCACCACCCUCGUCAACGUCUGCUCCACCCCGAUCUCGUUCUGGUCCAUUGAGAAGUUUGGCCGUCGCUUCCUGCUUAUCUACGGCGCCAUCGGCAUGAUCAUUUCCCAGUUUAUCGUCGGUAUCCUCGGAGUCACCGCGGGCCGCAUCGAGGCUCGCAACGACAGCGCCGUCCAGGCCAUGAUCGCUUUCAUCUGCAUCAACAUCAUGUUCUUCGCCAUCACCUGGGGCCCCACCGCCUGGGUCAUUGUCGGCGAGUGCUUCCCGCUCACCAUCCGCUCGCGCGGUGUCGGCAUCUCGACCGCCUCCAACUGGUUCUGGAACUGCAUCAUCGGCCUCAUCACCCCCUACAUGGUUGGCAACAGCCAGGGCUCGGCCAACCUGGGCCCCAAGGUGUUCUUCAUCUGGGGCACCCUGUGCUGCGUUUCCCUCACCUUUGCCUACUUCCUCGUCCCCGAGAUGAAGGGCCUGUCCCUGGAGCAGGUCGACCGCAUGCUGGAGGAGACUACGGCCCGCAAGUCCAAGAGCUGGGUCCCCACCACCACCUUCGCUGCCGAGAUGGGCCACACCAAGAGCGAGAAGGCCGGUGUGGAAACCAGCAAGGUCGAGGAGGUCUAAGCUUGGAUCGUGCUCUUUUCCCGUCCAGUUUCCUCUGUCUCGUCUCGUUAGCUCCCAUCCAGUGUUCCGCCGCUCCGCGAGCAGCGAUGAUGGUUGGGCUUGAACGGAUGAUGAGAGCAGGCAAGCGCACUCAUCAUACACUACUUUAAACCUAAUGCCAUACAACCUAGGUGGCCGGAUACUUUGGAUUGGGGGGAAGCGAUUCGGGUUACCUGGGCGCUUGCUGAUUUUGUUGUGGGAGGGGACGCGGUUCUCGAUCCCCAUGCCUUACAUGAUACCUCGUUCCUAGUCUUCCCCUAGCGUUUUUUUUUGUUAAAGUACCAAAUCAAAUAAAAUUCAAAUUGAACCAAACAGCCUCUGCUCUUUG